AACUUAGAAUGCAGAUGGAUUCUAUUUGACAACGCUUGAAAAAACUCCCAGCAUGAGUUUUGCUAUCAUUGAUCUGAUUAAUACAAUUUGUCGGCUUACAAUGGAUGGUUUGAAUAUAUAAAAAAGCGCUAAAUUAAGCGCCCCCUUCGGGUUCUGGAAUCGAAUAACAGUUCGUCUGACUGCCAAACCGUGUCGUUUCUUGAACGAAAACGAAACUAACCAAAGUUUUGAGCUUGCGUUGAUAGCGGCAAAGCAUUGAGCGGUUAAAAGGAGAUUUAAAAGCCUGUGUUUGUUAAUUGUGUAUUCGAAAUGAACAAAUUUGGAAAGCUUAACCCGUCUAUAGACAUCAUACCACUGCAAGGCUCGUCAAGUAGUGGAGACAAAGGCAAAGGAAUAGAUAAACCGAAAAUCAUUGACGAGGUCCAGCGAUCAGUUCAGAGGGACCCGGUAAUCGUAUCUCGAGUUUAUUCGUACCUGCUUGACAAUGAAGACAAGACAUAUAUAGAUGUGAAUGAAAUAGCUGACCAAUUGCAGAAGAAUUAUCGGCAGUAUCGCACAAAGAAACGCAGUGCUUUCAGAGCAGUGGUCCGCAGAGCUUACAAUGAGAUUGUAGAUAGUUUGUCCAAGAAACUUGACGGUUCUCGUGAUGAUCUCUGGAAUGAAGAGGAUGAAGAUGACGAGGAUGAAGUUGACUUGGAACGGGAUGUACCAAAUGAUAUAUUGAACAGUCAGCUGUUGAAGAUGUACAAAAAAAAUUUGGAUGGUCAAAAUGGUAAUUCGAGUGACAAAGAAUUGAUAGACAUUAGUAGUGAUGACGAACAAAGUAAAACAGAAGAAACAUCUUUUGAACGUGCUAAGCACUCUAAAGAAUGUCAAUAUGACGAAGACCCUAUAGAUUCGAAAAAAAUUAAAGCGACUAUGGAGUCUAAAGGAUCUGAGGAACUAAAAGAGGCAAAUGAGUCGAGCGAUUCAUAUAAAGAAGUCAAGAAGAAUCUCAUACAUUCUAAGCAGCAACUGUCCAGUAUCCCUAGAUCUAUUUCUUCAGUAUCAGAUCAAGCUACACCAAGUACCCAGUCGAUUGAAAGACCCCUGGAAUCGCCGAAAACAGAGAGAGUUUCAAAGAAACGGAAAAUUGAGAGUGAUAGCAGAGGUGGAGCUGAGGCAGCAACGCCUGCAAAGAAAAAACGUGAUAUUUCAGAACCCAAAGUACGGUUUGCUGAUAUUGGUGGAAAUACAAAAGUACUAGAAGAAGUUUGCAAGCUUUUGAUUCACAUGAAACAUCCCGAGGUUUUCAAGCAACUGGGGAUAUCCCCACCCAGGGGAUUUUUAUUGCAUGGUCCACCAGGAUGUGGUAAAACACUUUUAGCACACGCUAUUGCUGGGGAAUUGGCAGUGCCAUUGAUAAAAGUGGCUGCUCCAGAAUUAGUAGCAGGUGUUUCUGGAGAGAGCGAGUCGCGAAUCAGGGAGUUAUUUGAGCAAGCUAUUGCAGUGGCACCCUGCGUUCUUUUCAUUGAUGAAGUUGAUGCCGUAGCACCGCACAGAGCUACAGCACAGCGGGAAAUGGAACGACGAAUUGUUGCGCAGUUACUUGCAUGCCUCGACGACUUGGGUUCAAAAGAAAAUGGUGAUCGUGUGCUGGUGUUGGGAGCGACAAAUAGACCAGAUUCCCUAGAUCCAGCUCUAAGGAGAGCCGGCCGAUUCGAUCGUGAGGUAUCACUGGGUAUUCCUGACAGGGAAGCAAGAGCUGGUAUUUUAGCCGUGCUAGCGACGAAGUUGGCUCUUGCGCCUGAUGUCAGUUUAACCAGGCUAGCUGCACUAACCCCAGGUUUCGUUGGCGCUGAUCUAGUUGCUCUGAUCAGAGAAGCAGCUAUAGCAGCUGUUAACAGGGUUUUCGGGGAUUUGAAGAAAAAGACGGCAGACGAGCCAAAAGCGAUUAACUCAGAGGAACAGCAAGAAGGUGAGAAAAUCGACGCUGCUAUUGAGAUUUCCGAACCCGACUUGAGUAUUGAGGCUAUACCGAAUGGUGAAGUAAGCACCUGUAAAAACCCCGCCACAUCAGAGCUUAUAGUUCCAAGUGAACCAAAUAUACCGAUGCCAAAUGAACUAGAGUCACAGGUCUUCGAACCUGCUGCAGAAAUAAACACAAUCACUGCAACUUCCAAAUCUGCAGAGUUGACAGAUCUAAUGACAUGGCUGCACGACCAACCACCACUAUCGGAAGAGUAUCUCAAAGAAUUGUACAUCGAACAUCGUGAUUUCGAAGUUGCUCUUACUGUUGUUCAGCCAUCAGCAAAGCGAGAAGGAUUUGCUACUGUUCCUGAUGUAACAUGGAGCGACAUUGGCUCAUUGCAAAAUAUUCGCCAGGAGUUACAAAUGUCUAUACUAGCACCUGUCAGGCACUCAGAAAAGUGUGCAAAACUCGGGCUCACGACGCCAACUGGUGUUUUAUUAUGUGGUCCUCCCGGGUGUGGUAAAACCUUGUUAGCUAAAGCGAUUGCUAAUGAGGCCGGAAUAAACUUCAUUUCCGUCAAAGGUCCAGAGCUAUUGAACAUGUAUGUUGGCGAAAGUGAGAAAGCUGUGCGCCAGUGUUUCAUUAGGGCCAGAAAUUCUGCUCCUUGUGUUAUAUUUUUUGAUGAAUUGGAUGCUCUGUGUCCAAAAAGAUCAGAAGGCGAUAGUUCAGCAACUUCAAGAGUCGUUAAUCAAAUGUUAACCGAAAUGGAUGGGGUUGAAGGAAGACGUGGUGUGUUUCUCAUGGCUGCCAGUAAUCGCCCAGAUAUCAUAGAUCCCGCUGUACUAAGACCUGGAAGACUCGACAGAAUAUUAUAUGUGGGAUUACCCAGUCCGGCUGAUCGUGUGGAUAUUCUGAGGGCUUUGACAAAGAAUGGGACUAAACCAAAACUUGCGACAGACGUGGAUCUUCUUCGUAUAGGGUUCAGUGAGAAAUGUCAUGGAUAUUCCGGAGCAGACUUAGCAGCUUUGGUUAGAGAGGCAGGUCUUGAAGCAUUGAAGGAAUUAAUUUCUGGAUAUCAAGGACCCAUAGAAGUUGCGACGAGGCAUGUUGCAGCCGCAUUAGAGAAGAUACGGCCGUCAGUUCAAGAAAAAGAUGUAAAACAUUACGAAAAGUUGCGGAAAAUAUACUCGCCAGUGAAGGAGCCGGAUGUUACACCAAUGGAAACGCCUAUUGAUGCGCAGUUGGUUGACCCAACCAUGGAAGCGAUGGAAACGUGAAUAUAUUGACAACCAUUCUCCAAUUUAUUUCAUAUAAACUUUUCACGUAUUUUAAUCACAAUCCUUAUCGAAAGCUUUGGAAAUAUCAAGCUAUGACUUACUCCAAAGUGGUGUUAUCGAAUGUUCAUUCAUUCUGAGAUUGUUAUCAAAGACGUUAGUUGUGAAAAUCGAAUAACUUUGGUAAUUCGCAGAUUUCACUUUCCAGGACAAUUUUAUUAUUUUAUAAGUCACAGAACUAGGUAUGUAUAUCAGUUCUCAUUACAUUUUCGUUCCAAACUGAAUAUUGCACUAAUUGUUAGAGCGUGAAGUAGAGAUGUGUUGUUUUAAUCGUAGCAUGAGAGCUGGAGUCCCACAUAAGUUCAAAUCAUUUUAUAGCGAAACUUGAGCACUCACGGAAAAAUUCAAUGUCAAUUUUUCAAGCUGAGAGAUCACGUACAAGUUUGAUCGAUGAAACUUUUUUUUCCAGUUGUAUAAAAUGAUCCCCAUUUUGAUUCAGUUUUCUAGAUUUUUCCCAUUACUGUAGCAACUUCUCUAACUUCAUUGUCACGCAACAUUCGGAAAGAUUUAAUAUUAGCCGUUAAAACGAACUUCGAAAUCAAAGAACUGAAAUACUUGUAGUACAUAUACACAACUCACAACUUAUGUAAUGAAUAUCGUUGAUAUGCAAGAUUUUAUGUUUUUGAUCUCUGAAAAAAGCCAUAGCGUGUGCAUUACAUUGUAUGUAUAGAAUAUUGGAAGAACUUAUUUUUGUAACUUGAUGUAUUAUUUUGUUUUAUGUUUCUCAUCACAUUAAAGGUCUUACCAAGUUCGACAGGUCGGUAUUCAUUCGCAAUUCCAAGCUAUACAUUAUCCGCGUAUUUAUCCUUCACGUACUCCGUAAAUAUCUUGACCAUCGUAUCAGCUUGUUGGACAACUUCAUGUAAUCUUGUCGGUGGAAGUUCAAAGUGAGAUCCAAAAUCUUCAAGUUCUAUGCAGUAGACUAGGGGCACUCCAGCCUUUUCCAUAGACCAAUCGUCGCUGCCACCAGAAGCAGCGU